CUUUGUAAACAAUUUCGCCCAGCAACGACAACGACCACCUCGACCACGGCCGACUCAACAUCCAUCUCGGACCUACCGACGAUCGCCCUGACGCCGUCACGGCCUUCCCAGUUUCAUCUGCCCGACACGACGUCGAUGAGAAGAGUCGCAAAUUGACAAGAUGCCGCGUCUCGUGCGAAAGAAGCCGCUCUCUGAGCGCCUGAGAGCCAUACUCAAUCCGAUGGACUUUUUGCUCUGGCUGUCGGAAGAACUCGAGACGAGAGACUGGGAUUCGAAGGCUCUGGGCACUCAACUUGGACUUGGCUUCAAUUUCGCCUUCCUUCUUGCCAGGGCUAACUGCGUGGCGACGGAGGCAGAUGAUGAUGUGUUCAGCGAUGGAAAUUCUGGCAACAUCAUCACAUUCAUCGUGCGGCCACUCGUUUGGAUCCUUGGUAUCCUCUCCUUCGUCAAUGCCUUUUACGCCAUGACGCGAACGAGACAGUACCGAUUGUUCCAGGUCAACGUCGAAGACAAACCUCACACCCCUUCCGCCCAACGAGUCAAGGCCAGGUCCGACCCGGCUGCCUCGUCCCCUCUGCGACUGUUGAACAGUCUUCUAGUGCCCGAGACGGCCGAGUCGCGGGCUCAUCCCGAUAGGACACACGACGUGUGGGAGCUGAGCAUCUGGGACCCCCUUCCGGUUUCCCUGCAACUGUUCUGUCUGUUCAGCCCCGGUCACGUCCUCGUCUACAUGAUGUUCCUGCCGUUGAUUCCCUUGGACCCUCGGCCCAGCGUUACCAUCUUUAACUGCGUCAUCCUGCAGCUCAUUCUCACCGCCCAGUUGACGCUAGUCCAGACCCGCUACGCCCAGCAGAUCAAGGAUACGGCCAUCAUCCACAAGGAGGUGCUUCACGAGUAUGAUACAAAGUUUGUACGCCCGCGCCUUCACCCAGUUGUUCGCGAUGUUGGUACGCAGUGCUCCCCUGAGGAGGCCGAGGAUGAAGAGUCCUUCGUCGAGCUGGGGACCCCUACAACCGUCAUCAAGAAGGAGUUCGUCGUUACGCCCAACCCCCAUGUGAAGCAGGAGGAGCCAGCCUACACUCCUCCAAUCAGCAGCUUCGCGUCUCGUCUUUUUACGCCGACCUCGGGCCGGAGAUCCGAGUCCUUUACCCCCGUACCCAGCACUCGAUCAAUUCGUCAGAGUCUUCCUCCUGCUCCGGCCUAUCAGUCUGCUUCAACCUCGACCAGCAACGCCGCGGCGAGUACGGGAUCGACGAACUUUGGCGGUAGCCUGGGUGUGUUUAGCCAUGCGAACUCGCCGCUCAAGAAGACGACUAGCCUUAAUGAGAUGAACCAAGGCUUCAUGUCCCCCCGGAACUCGAGGGAGAUGGCCGCCCUCGAACAGCGCCGUGGUGGCAGCCCACUCAAGCAAACGGAGACUAGGAGAUCUACCGGUUCAGACGCGCUGGACAUCACAAGUGCACCCAACUACAACCCCUUUGCUAGCGCAAAGAGGAACAGAGCUGUGCAACAGCAGGAACGAUACCCCUCAAGAUUGUCUGGUUUUCGCUAGGAAUAGGGCAAAAUGCAUAGCAUCAUUGGGUGGGGUGAAAUUGCUAUGGCGAACUUUUGCUUGUUAACCCAAGGUUCUUUACAACAGCAUAUGAUGGCGUUAGGCUGAUUUAGGCGGAUGGUCAACUCUGGGCAGGCGUUUUUCUUUGUCGCCGCAAUAAGACAAAGCUCAAACAGCGUUCUUUUCACAAUUGGUUUUAACCUGGCCCACGUGACCAGUGAGUGAUGUGCUUUUGCAUUGGGGUGUUCUUAAACUCUGGUCUUCGUCUUCUCUUCUGGGCUAUUCACUUCUUCAUCCAGACGCAGGCCAUUGAGCAUGCAAAGGCAGUCAUCUGCUCUAACGUCUGACGGAAGGUUGGUUAACAAGGAUAUACGUGAUGAAAAUCAGUUGAAAC